AUGUCGGAUCCCCUCUCGGACGAAGGCCUGAUUCAUGAGAUCAAUGUUAAACUCUUGAAACAUUACAAGGAGGAAGAGGAAUUCUGGAAACAACGCAGUAGGAACCUAUGGCUAACAUUAGGAGACUCGAACACGGGCUAUUUUCAUGCGAUUACCAAGAUCAGAAAGGCAAAGAACAGAAUGUCAGUUCUAGAAGAUGAGGAUGGGAUACCUCAAUACGAAGAAGAACAGAUCUCAACAGUCAUCUGCAAGUUCUACUCUGAUCUCUUCACGUCAAACAAUUUUGAUGGAACGCAGACAAUCUCAAAAGCCCUGAAACCAUGCGUGAUCCAGAAGCAAAAUGAGGAUCUUAUUAAGAUUCCAACAACAGAAGAGAUCAAAGAGGCUACCUUCUCAAUCCAUGCAGAUAAAGCACCAGGGCCUGAUGGCUUUUCAGCUAGUUUCUUUCAAUCAAACUGGGAGGUGCUAGCCCCAGCAAUCACGAAGGAGAUUCAGAGCUUCUUCACCACGGGGACACUCGCACAGACAAUAAACAAAACUUAUGUCAGACUAAUCCCCAAGUCAUUGGAUGCAAAAAGAGUAGAAGAUUAUAGACCAAUUGCUCUGUGCAAUGUCUAUUAUAAGAUCAUCUCGAAGCUACUAUCUCUACGUCUAAAGCCAGUCCUAAGCUCAAUCAUCUCAGAAAACCAGUCAGCGUUUAUUCCAGGAAGGAUCAUCUCAGACAACGUUUUAAUAACCCACGAAGUUCUACAAUUCCUAAAGACCUCCAAAGCAGUCAAGAAAUGCACAAUGGCAGUGAAGACGGAUAUGUCGAAAGCAUACGACAGAGUAGAGUGGAAAUUCAUUGAACAAGUGCUGAGAAGACUGGGUUUCCAUGAAAUAUGGACUAACUGGCUACUACAAUGCAUCUCAACGGUUUCCUAUUCCUAUCUCAUCAAUGACACAGUGUAUGGUUUAGUACAACCUUACCGAGGAAUACGCCAGGGAGAUCCCUUGUCCCCAUAUCUCUUCAUUCUGUCCGGAGAGGUCCUUUCAGGCCUGUGCAGGAGAGCAGAACAGGAAGGCUCACUCUAUGGAAUCAAAGUGGCCCGGGGAUGCCCUAGAGUCAAUCAUCUGCUUUUCGCAGAUGACACAAUGUUCUUCACGCAAGCCUCAGCAAAAAGUAGCAGGGCCCUGAUGGCGAUACUUCACGAGUAUGGUAACGCAUCAGGACAACAGAUAAAUACAGCGAAGUCAGCGGUCACCUUUUCCUCAAAAACGCCACCUGAAGUCAAAGAAGCCACGAAAGUAAUACUCGGGAUCAGUAAGGAAGGGGGGCUUGGUAUGUAUCUAGGCCUACCAGAGCAUUUCGGGAGAAGAAAGAAAGAUCUUUUCACCUCAGUAGUCGACAGGAUUCGCCAAAGGGCAGUUAGUCUCUCCACAAGGCGCUUGUCGAGAGCAGGGAAGAUGACAAUGCUAAAGUCGGUCCUCACUGCAAUCCCAACCCACACCAUGUCGUGCUUCCAAAUCCCAGUCAGCCUCUGCAAAAGAAUUCAAAGUGUGUUAACGAGAUUUUGGUGGGACGGCCCAGAGGGUAACAAGAAAAUGUGCUGGGUGUCUUGGGACAAGCUAACUAAACCAAAAGCAGAAGGGGGGUUAGGCUUCAGAGACAUACAACUGUUCAACCAAGCUCUCUUAGCAAAAGUGGCAUGGAGAAUCAUCACAGUGCCUAAUUGCCUACUAGCCAGGAUACUAACAGGAAAAUACUGCAAAAAUCAGAGUUUCCUAAAUGUAGCUAACCCCAGUGUUGCAUCACAUGGAUGGAGAGGCAUUCUCUGGGGGAGAGAACUCCUAAAGGAAAAGCUAGGGAAGAGUAUUGGAAAUGGACAGACUACAAGAGUCUGGCAAGAUGUCUGGAUCUCUCUGGAUGAUCAAGUGAAACCGUGUGGUCCAAUUAAAGAAGCAGAUUUAGACCUUACAGUAGCAGACCUACUAACCACGGAACUACAAUGGAACACCAAGAGAAUCAAAGAGGUCUUACCAGAACUGGAGGCACAAAUAAAAGGCCUGCACCCGAGUGAACUUGGAGCAGAGGACAAGAUAAUAUGGCAACCACUCCCUUCUGGAGUCUACUCCACAAAAUCCGGGUACUAUGCGGCAACUCUGAAGACCCUACAGCCAACGACAAAUCCCUUUGUUCCGGAGGUGAACUGGAUCAAAGAUGUUUGGAUGGACUCGAUCUCCCCCAAGCUGAAGCUCUUCAUGUGGACAAUCCUCCACAACGCCUUGCCCUUAGGAGAGAAUCUGAAGCGAAGAGGCCUAUUAGUAAACACCAAGUGCCCAAGAUGCGAUGAGGAAGAAACUACAUUGCAUAUCUUCUUUGAAUGCGAUUUUGCUAAGAAGGUGUGGGAGUUGAUACCUCUGAAGAAUGCAGUUCACCUAGCUGCGGGGGAAACUUUCCACGGAGCGAUAAACAUCUUCAGGAGACUAGUCUGCCUUCCCCCUACUGGAAUUUCAGGAGACGUACUACCUUGGGUAUGCUGGAUUCUCUGGACCUCCAGAAACAACCUCAUCUUCGAGAACAGAAGAUUCUCACCUGAGGAAACAGCCACAAAAGGAUUAGCACUAGCGAGAGAAUGGAACGUAGCACAAAACAAAGAGAAAGCACCAAAGGAGGUACCCAAGAUCACGCACCAGAGGAAUCAACAAAAGGACGUGGGCCUAGACAGCAACGAGACCAUCAGAUGCACAACAGACGCGGCUUGGGAAAAAGACACCCAACGGGCAGGCUUGGCUUGGACUUUCGAAGGACAAGGACUCCCAGAUCGGCUCCAAGGCUCCGCGAUCCAACACUCCGUCAGCUCACCACUGAUUGCUGAAGCAGUAGCGAUGCGAUCAGCACUAAGGAAGGCCCUGGCUUUGGGUUUCCACAAGAUCAAGGCCUUCACCGAUAACCUAACGCUCGUCAGAGCAAUCAACAGCAACCUCCAGAGAAAAGAAAUCGUCGGCAUCAUCUACGAUAUACGCAUGAUUUCCUCUGAAUUUGCAUCUAUCUCUAUCUCUCAUUUUCCUAGAUCCGAAAACUUUCGUUCGGAUUCUUUAGCUAAGGCGACCAUUCGAUCGUCUCUUUGUUUCAACUCAGCUUUAGUGUUGUAA